AUGGAGGCCUCUGAGGAGACGGCAGAAGUGGCACCGCAUCAGCCUUCAGAGCUGGAGACUGAGUCCUCUCUGAAGACCUUGGGGGACACGUCGGGAGACAUCGGUCCCUACGACUUGACCAUUCUUCAUUUCAAUGAUGUUUACGACGUGGACCCGAAGCCUGAGGAACCCGUAGGAGGUGCCGCUAGAUUUGCAACAGCUCUGAAAAACUUCAGUUUCCUGAAUCCACUUUUGAUUUUUAGUGGUGACUGCUUAAAUCCUUCAGUAUUAAGUACAAUAACAAAAGGAAAGCAUAUGAUUCCUGUAUUAAAUGAAUUGGGAGUACAUUUUGCAGUUUUUGGAAACCAUGAAUUUGAUUUUGGUGUGGAUAUUUUGGAAGAAUACAUGAAGCAAAUGCACUUUACAUGGCUUCUCAGUAAUGUGUAUGACAGAUUUACUUCUGAACCUCUUGGACAUGGUGCAGUAAAAAAAAUCAUUAUUUGGAACAGUGUGAAAAUUGGUUUAAUGGGAUUAGUGGAAGAAGAUUGGCUAGAUACCUUGGCUACAGUUAAUAAGUCAAAUCUAAACUAUAGAGAUUAUGUUGAAGUUGCUAACCAAAUAGCAAUAGAACUUAAAGAAGAAGGAGCUGAUCUUGUCAUUGCAGUAACUCACAUGAAGUGGGGAAAUGAUACAAGGCUUGCACAAAAAGCUCAAGGGGUCAAUUUGAUUUUAGGGGGCCAUGACCAUGAUUAUGGAAUUAGGAAGGUGAAUGAAACUUGGAUUGUCAAAAGCGGAUCUGAUUUUAAAAACUUGACAAAAAUAAACAUAAGACUCUUUGGUGCAUCUUUCCAAUAUAUAUUUGAGAAAGUGGACAUUUUGAAUUAUUUGGAAGAAGAUUCGUGUAUUAAAGCAAUAGUAAAAGAUUUCACUCAAAACAUACAGUAUAUGUUAGAAGAAGUUCUCUGCCCAAUUGACAUGGAAUUAGAUGGCCGUGAAAUUACUGUAAGAAGAUCUGAGAGCAAUCUGGGAAAUUUGGUAACUAAUGCGAUGUUGGAAGCUACUCGUGCUGAUGUAGCACUGCUUAAUUCAGGCACUCUUCGAUCAAAUCGGAUACAUCCGGUGGGGAAUUUCACUUUGCAUGAUCUUUUGGCUAUCCUUCCCAUAGUGGACCCAGUUUUAGUUGUCAGAGUAACAGGUGCACAGCUGCUUGAAGCACUUGAAAAUGGGGUUUAUAAAUACCCAGCUCUAGAUGGGAGAUUUCCUCAAGUUGCUGGAAUAGAAUUUGGGUUUGAUCCAGAUGCAGAACCAGGAUGCCGGAUCAUAAGAGAUACUGUAAAAGUUCAAGGACAAUACUUAAGGAAAAAAAAAGUUUAUCUUCUUGCUAUUAAGGAGUAUAUUGCAAAUGGGAAGGAUGGUUACACUAUGUUGAAAAGUUGUCCUCGGAUGUUUGACACAGAAACAGCACAAGUACUUUCUACGGUAGUCAUGAAUCAUUUUGAAUCGAUAAAAAUUUUGCAGGGAAGGAAACAGUGCUUUUCAGGCCAUCGAAUGAGUUUAAUUACUACUACAGCCAAAUCCCCAUCAUUAACAGCUUUUGAGGAAAAAUCAGAUACACAAUCAGCAGUAAUUGCAGUGCCUGGAAUAGAAGGACGGAUUUGCCAUAUUUCUCAGGACAUGAAAGAGCAUUUGCACCAGCUUAGAACUGCAAGAAAACAAGGCUUAAGAACUUUUCCCACCAUUAGUGAUAAUUCAUGUGAAAUUUCUGAUUCUGAUUGA